UGCUGAGCUGAGGAGGCAAGAGGGAAACAUGAGGAUGGAGUGAGUGGGAGCAGGCAUAGUCCUCCUCCUCCUGCACCCUCCCACCCACCUACCCAUCACCUCUCAGCCUACCCACCAUCUAGACAGGCAAGGAAUCUCUACAGUGAGCAGCACACAGGAGAAGCAGGAACCAUGCAGACAUCAAUGGAGUUAAAGAAAUCCAUUUCUGCCACCUCAGAGACAGACAAGCCAAUGAAGAGAUAUGGAGCAGUGGAGGAGACUGACUGGAAAGCAGGGGGGCUGGGGAGAAAUCAACUUGACAUAGUUUCUAUGGCUGAAACAACUAUGACACCAGAAGAAAUUGAACUUGAAAUGACUAAAAUCCAGCGGCUUCGAGAAGUCUUGGUCAGAAGGGAAUCGGAACUAAAGUUCAUGAUUGAUGACAUUCAGCUGUGCAAGGAAAUUAUGAGCCUGAAACAAGAACUGCAGAGCUUAGUGGAUGUGUCGGAGAAAAAUAAAACAAAUGAGCAGAAGAAACGAGAAGAUGAACUCAUUCAGAAGAUUCAAAAGUUGGUACAGAAAAGGGAUUUCCUCGUAGAUGAUGCUGAAGUGGAGCGGUUAAGAGAAAAAGAAGAAGAUAAGGAAAUUGCAGACUUCUUACGCAUUAAAUUAAAGCCACUGGACAAAGUCACAAGGCCGACUGCCAGUACCCCUCCUGAGAAGAAGGCUGAACUGCCACCAACUAAAACUUCUCUAACAAAAACAGGAAUGGCUAUCCUUAAAGAUUGCUGUGGUACUACCCAAUGCAGUGUCAUGUAACACAGAGCCUCAAAUCCAGUCAUCUGAAGGCUCCUACAAGAUGAUGGGUUCCUUGACAGAGGGUUCAAUGCAUCUAGAAUCCUGCUACCAAGAACUGUUCGUGCUGUAGAUAUUACAGUAACGCAUUUACCAAUAGUGUAUCAAUAGUGAAUCCCUCGCUGUCGCAUGGAUCACUCAAUGAGCAUGUUUAAGAGGAGCGUGUAUGUACCAAGAUACCUGCAUAUAUAUGUAUAUAGGGUGGCCAGCAAACAGUACUGUUUUAUACCAGCCUGAGUGAUUACUUAGUAGAAAUAUCAGUCUGUGUUCUGGUCUCCUUUGAGAAAUUAACAUGCAGCGUUAGUCAAGACUGUGCACAGCCUAUACGUGUGAGGCUGGGUUCACACCAUGUUUUGUAAUACAGUUCCCGUAUACGUUAUCAAUUUGAAAACGGUACGGAACCAUAUUGAAAACAGUAUGCAUUGAAUCUCCAUUGAAAACCGUAUGCCAAAAGAUGAAUCAGGUUGUGUCCGUUUUGUCAGUUUUUUCCCUGUACCCAAAACAGUAGCCUACCACGGUUUUUGGUCCGGAUGAAAAACCGUAUUGAAAUGUAUACUUUAACAUGGACGUCAAUGGGAACCGUAUUUGCAUACGGUUCCAUCUGGUUUUCCCCAUACGGUUUUUGACUUUGCACAGUUUUUUUCUUGGAAUUUCAAUCAAACUAGUGAAACUUUAUUCAUAAUGGAAUGAAAAGUUUAAAACGU